UCGAGCAACACUGCCGUUGUCCAUCACAGCCAAAAUGUCACAAGAUUAUUCGUAUCAUGGAUUUUCCUACAUAAACAGAAAUGCAGAAAACAACACAAUCAACACGGUGGCCCUUAGAAAUGCGGCAGAUAUCUCCGUUAUUGUGGUCUACUUUCUGGUUGUCCUGGGGGUCGGAGUAUUGGCUAUGAUCCGCACCAACCGAUCCACUGUAGGUGGCUUCUUCCUUGCAGGGAGGAGUAUGGUUUGGUGGCCGAUCGGAGCAUCGCUGUUUGCCAGCAAUAUUGGCAGUGGCCACUUUGUAGGAAUCGCUGGUACUGGCGCAGCUGCAGGAAUAGCCAUUGGUGGAUUUGAAUGGAAUGCUCUUGUUGUGGUUGUCAUUCUGGGAUGGCUCUUUGUGCCCAUCUACAUUAAAGCUGGGAUCGUCACCAUGCCUGAGUACUUGAAGAAGAGGUUUGGAGGACAGCGCAUUCGCAUUUAUCUCUCUGUUCUCUCCCUCUUCUUGUAUGUCUUCACCAAAAUCUCAGCAGACAUGUUCUCGGGUGCAAUUUUCAUCCAGCAGGCACUUGGGUUGAACAUCUAUCUCGCUGUUAUUGCACUUCUAGCGAUUACGGCACUGUACACUGUCACAGGUGGACUGGCAGCAGUGAUCUACACAGACACUUUACAGACCAUCAUCAUGGUUAUUGGAUCAUUCAUUCUCAUGGGCUUUGCUUUCCAUGAGGUGGGAGGCUAUGUAAACUUUGAGAAACUCUACAUGCAAGCUAUCCCCUCAAUCACGGGUAACAUCAGUGCAAACUGCUAUGAGCCCCGGGCAGACGCCUUCCAUAUCUUCAGAAAUGCAGUUACAGGAGACCUCCCAUGGCCUGGUCUCGUGUUUGGACUCACCAUUCAAGCUACCUGGUACUGGUGUACUGAUCAGGUGAUUGUGCAGCGCUGCCUCUCUGCCAAGAGUCUCUCUCACGUUAAAGCAGGUUGUAUCCUAUGUGGUUACCUGAAGCUGCUGCCCAUGUUCCUCAUGGUUUUCCCCGGGAUGAUUAGCAGGAUCCUGUACACAGAUGUGGUAGCAUGUGUGGAUCCAACCGAAUGUGAAAAAUACUGUGGGACCAAGGUGGGCUGCAGCAAUAUCGCUUAUCCGAAACUGGUCGUCGAACUCAUGCCUGAUGGCUUGCGAGGUCUUAUGCUGUCUGUGAUGCUGGCCUCUUUGAUGAGCUCCCUUACCUCUAUCUUCAACAGUGCCAGUACUCUCUUCACCAUGGACAUCUACACUAAAAUCCGUCGCUCUGCUAGUGAGAAGGAACUCAUGAUUGCUGGCAGAGUUUUUAUCUUGGUCCUGAUUGGUCUGAGCAUAGCAUGGAUUCCUGUGGUGCAGGCAGCCCAAAGUGGUCAGCUCUUCGACUACAUCCAGUCCAUCACCAGCUUCCUAACUCCACCUGUCGCAGCUGUUUUCUUGCUUGCCAUCUUCUGCAAACGUGUCAAUGAGACUGGGGCCUUUUUUGGACUGGUAAUUGGACUGGUUAUUGGCUUGAUUAGGAUGAUUGCUGAGUUUGUUUAUGGGACAGGUAGCUGUGCUUCCCCCAGUAACUGUCCCACUAUCAUAUGUGGCGUUCACUACCUUUACUUUGGGAUCCUCCUGUUUGUCAUCUCCUGCGUCAUCAUUCUGACAGUGUCUCUCGUGACCAAACCCAUCGAUGACAAACAUCUGUACCGACUGUGCUGGAGCCUGAGAAACCGCACGGAGGAGAGGGUUGACCUUGAGAUGGAUGAUUGGGCUGAUAACCAAGAUUCCAGCAGUGAGGACUCAGACGAUGAUGAGCCUGGCUUCUGUAAGAAGGCGGUGAUGUGCUUCUGUGGCCUGGAAACCAAGAAAGCCCCCAAGCUGACUAAAGAAGAAGAGGAAGAGCUGCAAAGGAAGCUGACAGACACCUCAGAGGUGCCUCUGUGGAGGAACGUGGUCAAUGCCAACGCCAUCAUCCUUCUGUGUGUGUGCGUGUUCUGUCAUGGCUAUUUUGGCUAAGAGUCAGCUGAUUUCAAGUGCUCUCUGACUCUCUAAUUUAUACAAAUUUAACACACCACUCAGUAGCCCUCAACACUCUAAAACACAACCAUGCACUUGCAACUAUAUUACAAUGUUUAGCCUUUGAUGUAAAAUAUAUUUUUGUAAAGCACUGUGCUUUUCAUGAACUUGUCCUGGUAGAUCGCACUGUAAUAUAUGAACACAUAUUGCACUUACUGUAAAACAUGUUAAAGUUGUGUAUAUUCAUAUUUGCAUGCUACCCAUUGUCCCUAUGAGUUUUCUUUGUCGUCUUAACAGAAACAUUCAAACAGCUCACGACAGGAGCUGCAGGUGUGCAUCCACCUGUAGAGACCACUCUCACGCAGUAAGCGUUAUGUAAAUGUGUGGUUUUAUUUGCAACACAUAUUAACCACAACACGAUAAAAUGAGCUGCAGCACACGCUUGUAAUCUAUUUAAUUAAUGAUUAAUCUGUUCAAAGCCAAUCUCCAACUAAAGGAAUUGUAAAAACGU